CCGACGGAGUCCAAGACUCAUACCUCAUCUUCCUCCAUCGUCAUCUUCAUCGUCAUCUUCAUCUUCAUCUUCUUUUUCAUUUUCUUCUGCAACUUGCCAUGGCGGAGAAGCAAGGCCACCUCAACGGCGCCUACUACGGCCCCGCCGUGCCUCCCAAGCAGCACUCCUACCUCCGCCCAGGCCGCGGCGGGGACUGCGCCUGCGGUUGCGGCUGCUGCCUCCUGAAGCUCGUCUUCAACCUCAUCCUCACCGUGGUCGUCAUCGUCGGCCUUCUCGCCUUCCUCUUCUGGCUCCUCUUCCGCCCCAACCUCGUCAAGUUCCACGUCACCGACGCCGAGCUCACCCAGUUCAACUUCACCACCAACAACAACCUCCUCAACUACAACCUCAAGCUCAACCUCACCAUCCGGAACCCGAACCGCCGCAUCGGGAUCUACUAUGACCGGAUUGAGGCGCGGACAUUCUACGGGGGCCAGCGCUUCGAUUCUGAGGACCUGGCCACGUUCUACCAGGGCCACAAGAACACGGCCACGCUCAGCCCGACGUUCGAGGGCCAGCACGUGGUGGUGCUCGGAUCGGGCGAGGCUGACGACUUCAACACCCAGAAGGCGGCUGGGGUAUACAAGAUCGACAUGAAGCUGUACAUGAGGGUGCGGUUCAAGCUCGGCAGGAUCAAGACGUUCCGCAUGCGGCCGAGGGUCAAGUGCGGGUUGAAGGUCCCUCUGAGCUCCUCCUCGGCCACCUUCCAGACGGAGAAGUGCGAAAUCGACUGGAGGGUCUUUAGGUGAUCAUUCUACGGGCGAUGGAUCGAUCUUUUUUUUUUUUUCCCGGGGCCGUCUAUAGUUUUUGGUCAUGUUGAUCGUGUUGCUUACGUUAUUCUUUCAUUAUCGGCGCAUUAGGAUACGUUUGUUCCGGCCAUCGCACUCUAUGUUUCUGGUAUAUACGGAUACGUGCUUGUAUUGAUGUUCGUAUAUAAAUAAGGAACUCACCGAGUUCAUUUUCAUA